UUUACAGUAACCAUGACUACCGGCGGUGCUAACGAAGGGUAUCGCCAGCGGUAGUUAACUUGAGGAGCCACUUCAAGUGAAGAGAGGCUGAACCUCACUGUAUUAGUUCUUGAUACCUUGUUGAGUAGUUUCUGAAAACAAACAAUGGACACGUCGGUAGUUGUGCCUGUCGAGGCAGAGGGGUUUAUUCAAAGUCUGGAAACUUUCCCUCUCAAGGAGGUGGGCUCUGCGAGGUGGUUCAGGCAGCACGAGUACAUUGAAAAACUGAACAUGCAAGCAAUUCUGAAUGCUUCAGCCAUGCAUGAUGAGUUCGUCAAGGAGUUCCUGGUAUCAUAUGGAAAGAUACCUGUUCUGGUCCAUGAAAUGAUCCUCGUGGAAAUGUGGAAGCACAAAGUGUUCCCCGUCUUAUGUCAACUGCAGGACUUCAAUCCCAAGAACACAUUUCAUCUUUACAUGGUGAUCCACCAUGAAGCCACGAUCAUAAACCUACUUGAAACGAUAAUGUUCCAUAAGGAUUCAUGUGAGGCAGCCGAUGACUCUGUUCUUGAUUUGGUGGAUUACUGCCACCGCAAACUCACGUUGCUGGCCAGCAAAGCGACUCAUGACCAACACAACCUGACAGGGAAAGCAGUUGUUUCCACUAUAGAGGAAUUGCAGGCGCAGAAUGCUGCGCUGGAGUUUGAAAUCUCACUGAAGGCUGUCUCUGUGCUGCGCUACAUUACGGAUCACACGGAGAGCAUCAGCGUCAUCAGUCGUAUGCUGUGCACCCAUAACAUACCCUGCGUCCUGGUUCAGCUGAUUGACUGCUGCCCAUGGAGUCGCUUUAGAGAAGGCGAGGUAGAAAAGUACAUAAAUAGCAGAUGGCAAAAGAUUCCCGUUGAGGACCGUUUAAAGAUAACAAAACUAGAUGGUCAGGUCUGGAUUUCACUUUUCAAUCUGCUGCUGAGAGAAGACUGCCAGCGGAAAUAUGACUUCAACAACUUCAACAAGAACCAGCUUCUAAAGCUCCGGGGUUUCCUGACCGAGGUGUUGAUUGAUCAGCUGCCAAACCUGGUGGAGCUGCAGCGUUACCUGGCUCAUCUUGCUGUUACCGACCCCGCACCUCCAAAAAAAGAGCUAAUUUUAGAGCAGGUCCCGGAAAUAUGGAACCACAUUUUGAGAGAGAAUUCUGGGAAGUGGAAGGCAAUAGCAAAGUUUCAAGUGAAAGAAACUUUCAACCCAUCUGAAAGUGACCUGAAGCUGCAGGCACAGAGGUUGGCCCAGACGUACAACUUAGAUGUGAUGGAGAGUUUACUCCCCGAGAAGCCAAAAUGUGGAUCCUGUGGCAAAGAGGCUGCAAAGAGAUGCUCUCGAUGUCAGGGAGAAUGGUACUGUCACAGAGAAUGUCAGGUGAAGCACUGGCCUAAACACAAGAAAGCCUGCCAGCUUAUAACUGAGGCCACAGAGAAGAUCCAGAGAGACCUGCAGGUCAACAGCUGAGAGUGACACGGUUACAGCUCAUGUACUGACUGGUGGCAGAUGGAAGAGGGACUCUGCAAUCGCAAGAUGGGAGAAAAAAAAAUGAAUGUGGAUGAUGUAAAUUUCAUUUAUUAUACAUUGUAAAUAAGGCAUCUUCUGUCUUUUAGUGUUGGAAAAGUUGAUGCCUCUUUACAGAAUUUUGACAUCUAAAAUGUUUUCUCGUGUGAUAAACUUUGGUAUGUUGUUUUAACCAAUUAUUUAUUACUGUAAUUAAAUCUCGAGGGGCUUUCUACAGUCAUUUUUGAUACUUACAUUUUACAUGUGUGAUUUGUGUUAAACACAGUGGAGCAAAUAAAAAUGCUUUGAUAACUCCC